UGUUCGCAAUAGUAAGGAUGAUAAAUACAGAUAGGUAUAUAGUUUUUUUUUUCACUUGCCUGACCGGACAAAGAGCCUGAUUAAAACUUAAGUGCAUCGAAACAUUGCAUACAUUAUCAGCGAAUGAUAAUGGAUAGUGUAUUUCUGGUAUUAAAAUCGCGCUUCCUGUCUCUUUGUGAGAGCGUAAAUGAGCGUAAAAACACGCAUAAAGAAACUCAGAAGAAACACGCUGAGGUAAACAUUCAAUAGUUUAGCCAAUAGUUUUAGGUAAAAUAGUUUAGCCUGUUUAUAACAUGAUUUUGUUCAGUAACAUACCAAGGGAGCUAUUUUGCUGAAUAUUGUCACAAUUGCAAAUGUUACAUUGAUUUUAGUUCAAUAAACAAGUAUUUAGUCAAGUAGCUAUUAAGUUACUCUAGACACAAUAUUUACUGUUUUCUGUGUUUCUUAUAAUAUAUUGAGAACAUUUCACUAAUAAAAUUAAGAAAUAAUUUUUACCUGUUUUUUUAAGGAAAUGAGUGCAAUUUUUAGGCUUAAUUUGAGGAACAAUUUAGGCUAAAAAUUUGAGGAAAAAAGGCUUCAUAUUUAUUUUAAGAGAAUUGGUCCAAUUAUCCGGGUUUGAUUGAGUCACCUUCAUUUGAAUCUCAACAACGGCAGUGAUCAGACGGCAUUUUGAAGGAGCAGACGAACAGUAUAAAAUGUUAAGAGUGUGACAAUGAGGAUGUGCAGCAAAGUCUACUGCAGCAUGUAAUGAAAAUUGCUGUCUGCAAGAAGGAUGACCAGGAGGACUUUAGCAUUGUCUUGGAGGGUGUGCAAGUCAUGACUGGCUUGGGAAAUCUGACUAGAGCCUGCACAGUUCUUUUUGGAUUCACAUAUGCACUAAACCUCACCUAUCCCAAACAACUGAGGAACACGUUUGAGGCCUUUCAGUCGCUCUUGGAACUGGAUGUUUGCAGGUAUUUACAAAUGCUACCUGUGUUUCUGUUAAUAAAUGGAGUUUCUCUGCAGGACACUGUUGUGGGUUUCAUUGGAGGAUCUGCUGUUUUACUGUGUUCCUCAAAAGAACCUCAGCUUACAAUUCAAGAUGUAGAAGUGCAAUGGAGACACAACAACUGGAAUGUGUAUGCCAUUAUAAAAGAUAAAGUCGCUAUGGAAGAACAGGAUGCAGAGUACAGGAACAGAACUGAAAGUUUCCCUGCGGAGUAUGUGAGAGGAAACUUCUCACUCAAACUCAACAACCUUCAAUACUCUGAUGAAGGAGAAUACAAGUGUUACAUCUCAGAGGACUCCAUAAUACAAAAUAUAAUAACUGUUGAGCUUUUGAUUAAAGAGAGAGAAACAAGACAAAACUCCAACGAAGGAACAAAACCAAGACCAGAGAUGACUGUAAUGAUCAGUUUCGUUCUGUGUAUUGGCAUUAUAUUUUCACUGGCUAACUCUGCCACAGGAGUUUUUAUGUAAUUCACUACACCCGAAAAAAGGAAGAGGGGCUAGAAAAGCAAUCUUCUUUCAUCUCUCUGCGGUGACUCCCUGUAACAUGAGUGUAGAAUACACGGAGGAUGUUUCCGUGACUUGUAAUAAAACCUAAACUCUUCCCUGCACUUUUUUUUUUUUUGCACUUAAACCGAUUAAAGAUGAAGACACUAAAACACUGACUAUAUGUUUUAUGUGUGUUUUUCAAUGCUUCUCCAAGUAAUAAAUAAAGUAUAUGAGUG